AUGGAAUCCAAGGCGCAAGGAUCUAUCGACGUCGUCUCGCAAGUCUCCAGCGAGAGCAAGAACGCUAAGAGCCAGAAGCUGGUUGGCCAGGAGGAAAUCGAGGAGGUUAAGAUUUACGACCACAAGCUCGAAAGACGGCUAUGCAUGAAGUUUGACUUCAAGAUUUUGCCUCUGAUCGCGAUUAUGUAUCUGUUCAACGCUUUGGACAAGGGUAACAUUUCCAAUGCCAAAACCGACGGCUUGGCCGUGGACUUGGGAAUCGAGGGUCAGCAAUGGAACAACAUGUUGUCCAUUUUCUACAUUCCUUUUGUUUUGUGUGGUUUUCCUCUGUCUCUGGUGAUCAAGAGAUACAAUGCUGCCAACGUGAUUCCGAUUCUGAUGUUCACCUUCGGAAGUAUUACUCUUCUUGCGGUUUCCGUUUUCGACUACGGCUCUUUGAUGGCUGCCAGAUGGUUCUUAGGUAUGUGUGAGUCUGCCUUUUUCCCAGGUAUCAUUUACUACUUGAGUACUUUCUACCGUCGUGGUGAACUUGCCAGAAGACUCUCUAUCUUUUACGCAGCUGCAAACAUCGCCAAUGCCUUUUCUGGUCUUCUAUCGUUCGGUGUGUUCCAAAUCAACAGCAGCAAGCUCAAGGGCUGGCAGAUUCUUUUUCUGAUCGAGGGUGCUUGUACUGUCGUUAUUGCUGUUUUUGCAUUCCUGUACCUUCCUAGAAGUGUUGAAAAGGCAAAAUUUUUGACCGAGGAAGAAAGAGAGUGUGCCAUGUGGAGAGUCAGAACCGAUUCUUCGUCUGCAUCAGGCGAGUCCAUUUCCUUCAAGGAUGCCGUCAAGGUGUUCAGCCAUCCUGUCGCAAUUGCUUGGAUGUUCCAAGAAAUUUUCAUUGGUGUUCCAUUGAACUCUAUCAACAAUUGGUUCCCCCAAAUUGUCCAGUCGCUGGGUAAGGGCACCGUCAUGACUAACCUGUACACCGUUGCACCAAACGUCUGGGGUGCCGUUGCGCUCAUUGUUCUCUGUUUUUCUUCGGAUUUUGCACGUGUCAGGUCGGUUUUCAUCAUCAUCGGUGUUGCGGUUAGUUUGAUUGGUUUCGUGGUGUUUGGAUGCAUAGAGACGCAGAACCACAUUGGUGUUGCUUACUUCUCAUGUUUCUUGAUGGUCACUGGUGCAUCUUCUUCUUCGGUGUUGACCUCCACCUGGUACAACAACAAUACUCCUAAUGAAAACCGUCGUGUGGUUAUUUCAGCUGUUGGUGUUCCUCUGGCUAAUGCUGCUGGUUUGAUCUCUACCAAUAUUUUCAGGGCCAAGGACGCACCCAAGUACGUUCCUGCUCUUGGUAUCACCGCAGGUUUCGGUGGGGCUGCUAUUUUGCUGAUUUUGUGUAUUUUGGGAUUUAUGGUGUUUGACAACAGACGCAGAAACAGGGCACAGGGAGUUAAUCUGACUUACAGAGACGUUCCUACCUAUUUGCUUGCUGAUGGACCUUCCAAUCCUAAUUACAGAUGGAUGUACUGA